GGUUGUCAGAAUGGGCGUGGUCAGCAAGCACUUCCCCCUCUGAACGGACAUUUUUGCAAUUCCAACUGAUCCAACUGACGGAUAAACGACUCAAACUAUCUGAUUGAUUGUCAACAAAAAGCCGAUCUCAGUUUAUUUUAAAAGGAAUCAAGAUGUUUUACACAUGUGGACCCAAUGAAGCCAUGGUGGUGUCUGGCUGUGGCCGGUCUCCACCUCUAAUGAUUGCUGGAGGAAGAGUGUUUGUCUUGCCAUGUAUUCAGCAGCUUCAACGAAUCACACUGAACACCAUGACUCUAAAUGUGAAGAGUGACAAAGUCUACACCCGCCAUGGUGUUCCUAUCUCUGUGACUGGCAUUGCUCAGGUGAAGAUCCAGGGCCAGAACAAGGAGAUGUUGGCCACUGCCUGUCAGAUGUUCAUGGGCAAGUCUGAGGCUGAGAUUGCUCAGAUUGCACUGGAGACACUGGAGGGACAUCAGAGAGCCAUUAUUGCCCAUUUGACUGUGGAGGAGAUCUACCAGGAUCGUCAGAAGUUCUCUGAACAGGUCUUUAAAGUGGCCUCCUCUGACUUGGUGAACAUGGGGAUCGGCGUUGUCAGCUACACGCUUAAAGAUGUUCAUGAUGAUCAGGACUACCUUCACUCGCUGGGCAAAGCUCGAACUGCCCAGGUGCAGAGAGAUGCCAGGAUUGGUGAGGCUCAAUACAAACGUGAUGCUGUUAUCAGGGAGGCCCAUGCAAUGCAAGAGAAGGUGUCUGCUCAGUACAAGAAUGAGAUUGAAAUGGCAAAAUCCCAGAGAGACUAUGAGUUGAAGAAAGCUGCAUAUGACACUGAGGUCAACAGCAAGAAGGCCGAGUCAGAAAUGGCUUACCAGCUUCAGGUGGCCAAGACCAAGCAGCGUAUUGAGGAAGAGAAGAUGCAGGUUCAGGUGGUGGAGCGUACACAGCAGAUCGCUCUGCAGGACCAGGAGAUCAUCCGCAAAGAGAGGGAGCUGGAGGCCAAAGUUAAGAAGCCUGCAGAUGCUGAGAAAUACCGGCUAGAGAAGUUGGCCGAGGCUCAGCGCCUGCAGCUCAUCAUGGAGGCUGAGGCUGAGGCAGAGUCCAUCAGAAUUAAGGGCGAAGCAGAGGCUUUUGCUUUGGAAGCCAAGGGCCGCGCUGAGGCUGAGCAGAUGGCAAAAAAGGCUGAAGCCUUUAAGCAGUACAAGGAAGGAGCCAUGGUGGAUAUGCUGCUGGAGAAACUGCCACUGAUGGCAGAAGAGAUCAGCAAGCCGCUCUCUGAGGCCCAGAAGGUCACCAUGGUGUCCAGCGGUGGCUCAGAGGUGGGAGCAGCCAAACUUGCAGGAGAGGUGCUUGACAUCAUGACCCGGGUGCCUAGCGCUGUGGAGAAACUUACUGGAGUCAGCAUCUCACAGGCUGCUGGAAAGGCUGUCAGAGUUCAUUAAGGAGAGCUGGAGGGAUGAAGUAAUCAUCGAAAGAGUCUAACAUGUUUAGAUGGAGAGUUCCACCCGUCCGUCUUGUGCCUGUAACCACCGUGUUGACUCAGCACUGCCAUAGUCACGUCUCACUGUGUGUGCAUGCAUGCCUUUCACUUAGGUUCCUCCUUCAUCUAUACAGGUUCAGUUUUCUUUCCUCCUUUAUGUGGUUUCUGUGCUGUUGUGCUCUUUGCUGUUAGUCGCUGCAAAACGGCUACAAGGAAACAAUAUUUUUUUUGUCUUCAUGACACAAAAGACAACUGAUUUUAGACAGAAUAUAUUUUAAGAUGAAGUAUAACCUCCUCUCUUUGUUGUUUUGUACCUGAUUAUCUGUAUGCAAAUGUUUACUUAUCAUAACAAAAUGUGCAAAUGGACUAUGUCAACAAACUGUCAUUCUUUUUUAACUCUUUAAAAAUGAAAAGUUUCGAAUGUAGUUUCAGGUUUUUCUGUGCCUUUUUAAUUAAUUGAAUGCUGCAAAAUGCUCAAGAAAAGUCAGGUAGUCCAACUUGAGUCUGCUGCUACACCCGUAACAUACUCCUAUCACUACAACAACAUAUCUGACAUACCCUUUUAAAGUGUCAAUGGAAAAGAUUUAGAGGAUAUUCAUUUGAAAAGCAGUUUAGACAUAAUUGUGUUUUUAAAAGCGUAGAAUCGUAUGAAAACUGGUGGGAAACUGGUUUCAGUUAUUUUUCCAAAAGUUUUGCUAAAUCCUAAACACUGUUCCUUUUAAUAAUGGAGAUGGUGUCUAAAGUAUAAACCUGAAGCUUUCAGUCUGAAGAGUCUUAGACUAAAUUUUUCCUCAGACACUAAACAUUGAUGCUGUCCAUUGUCCAAAUUUAGUCUGAGUUGACUGAUUUAUCACUGAGCUUUUCAUUGUUCUAAUCACACAAUCAUGGCGUUUUGUUUGUGGAGAAAUUGUUACCAUUAUCCUCAUUUUCACUUCUCUUUCAUAUCCAUUAUAUUUGACCAAGGGCAGUUCUGUAGACGUUGGCAAUAAUGCCACCAAACUCAUCUGUAUGUGCUUCAAGUGGAAUGAUUUUCUUUGCUUUGUAAUGACAGUAGGAGGAAGUGGUUGGUGGGAACAAAUUAUGGGGUUUUCCUGUUUGAAAGGUUUGUGGUGGAAAAAGAAUGUUGACAUUUCUUGCUGCAGGGUCUUUUACACUUUCAUAAUCUUUAUAUGGUAUUGGUAAAGAAAGAUCAUCAGUAAAUAACCAUUUAUCCAUACUGAAGGUUGUACUGUAUCUGAUUACAGUCUGCAAAGAUUUGUGCAUAUUUUGUUUUAUUAUCGCCAAGUGCCUGGUCAAACUUCUCAAGCAAGCAGACUUCUGCAGUUUUUAAGACUUCUGGCAGGGAAUAUUUUCACAUAUUCAGCUAUUGCUGUUGAUGACUUUAGAGAAAAGCCAAAUUAGUCUGGACUCUUUUUUAAUGUUAUUGUGACAGAUACAUUUUUUGCAUGAUUACUCUUAGUUGAUAUGAAGGCUCUGUAGUGUGAAAAGUCAAAUAUUCAAGAUUAUCUAAUAAAUAAACAAUAAAAUGUUUUACUCACCG